AUGGGAGGUAAUCCUGAUGUGGUUGUGCUCAAUAAUGUUACAUAUCAUUUAUCGGAACUUUCUGCUGAAGAGAAAUUUCGGAUAGAACACUUGAAGUACCAUGAAGAUCACAAGGGUCAUGAAAAAAUGCACCUCGAGAUGUUUUUGGUUGCAUUUGUUAGUUUGCUUUUCUGCCAAUUAGUGCUUAUGUUUUGGAAAAAGCGACACUUCCGCUCGUACCAGCUUGUAACUUUGAUUGCUAUGUGGUUGGUACCGUUUAUAUACAGCGUGCUAGCAGAGUUCCCAAGAUUCAUUUUUGUCUGGGUUUUGUUUUCAUUAACCACUGGAGUUAUGGUUUACUUAGCCUCUAAGAGACGCAUAAGUACAACUACACCAAGACGAGUUUACCGGUGGUUCUUAUUCGUUCAUACAGUUUCCUAUAUACUUGGAGUUGGUGGCUAUGUUCUUUUAGUGUUAACAUUUUUCCAAGUCAAUCUGCUAUUCCUUCUGCCUACAAAGGUUUCAGUGGAUUUAUCUUUAUUGGCAUUGUUUUACGGUCUUUAUUAUGGAGUUAUUGCACGAGAUUUUGCUGAAGUUUGCACAAAUAAACUGGCUGCACAAAUAUCAUAUCAAAUUCCUCAAAGUAUGCCAGUUCGUCGAAUUGAUCCAUCAGUAUGUUCAAUAUGUAAAAGUGAUUUAACAGCAGAUAGUAGUGAAAAAGUCCAUCGACUCAAUUGUACUCAUGUCUUUCAUGACUUUUGUAUUCGAGGUUGGUGCAUUAUUGGAAAGAAAGAUACUUGUCCGUAUUGCAAUGAAAAAGUCAACUUGAAACAGACAUUUACAAAUCCAUGGGAUAAACCGCAUUUACUAUACGGAAAUCUCUUAGAUUGGGUACGGUAUUUGGUCGCAUGGCAACCUGUGAUUCUGGGUGUAGUUCACGUGCUUAACUCUAUUUUAGGUCUACAAUAA